CAGCCUCCCCCCACAGCACAGUCACCACGGUGUUAUCGUGGUGCUGCCGCCCUGCCCCGUCCCAGCGCUUAUCGCUUCCCUGCCUUCUCCUGGCCCUGGGGACGGACACACGGCGCCGCGGGGACGGGGACAUGAGAACGGGGACUGGGGUCAGGCUGUGACACUGGGACCUCGUGGAGCUCAGGUCCUCACCACUGACACCCUGGUCUCUAGUGCAGUGUUCCCAUCACAGGGACGCAACACUGGGGGUCUCUGUUACAGAGUCCUCACUAUGGGGGCUCAACAUCAGGUCCCCAUCGCAGGGUGUUCUUACAGGGUCCCAAUAUCAGGGGUCUCAUCCCACAGUUCCCAUUGUGGGACCUUCACCAAAGUGCCACAGUCCUGGGGGGGCUCAUCCCUAGAUCCCCACAGUAAGAUCCCCAUCAUGACACCUAGUCCUUGUGGGGUCACGGGUGUCCCCGAUGUGGGAGUGGCCGUGUCCCUGUCCCCAAUGCUGUCUGGUUGCUCUGUCCUGCAGCGAGCCUCCGGCGAGGGCUGCCUGCUGAAACCAAAGAGGACAAACCCGUGUGCCUACACACCACCCUCGCUCAAAGCGGUGCAGCGCAUCGUGCAGUCCCACCUGGAGAGCGGCCUGGCUGGAGGGGACAGCUCUGAUGGAGAGCCUGAUGAUGGGGACCCUGAGCUGGCCCGCGGCUGCGACCCAGACAGCGCCCUUGAGUCUGCCCUGGGGAGCCAGGCCAGAGCCGAGCGGAGCGUCUUCCCUGCCACCAAGCUACACAAGAGGAAAGGGGGGCAGAAGGUGUCCUUUGCGGGAGGCAUCGCUGAGCGCAGCGAGGACCUGAAGGCGCUGACAGUGUCUGACAUCCCCGAAGACCCCGAGGACCCCGAGGGGGGCGAAGGCGACGAGGAGGAGCCGGAGGACGGCAGCGGUACGGGGUGUGGGGGCUCCCUGCUCCCUCAGAUGGCAGCAGGACCCCCACCUGACCCCGCUGUCACUUCAGAGCACAGCGAGGAGCGGCGGCACGUGGGCCUGGCAGGCACGGAGCGCCGCCGCUCACCAGUCCCGCUGGGCAACAGCUAGCCGGGCCGCGGCCCGGCCGGGACCCCCACGGCCCGCCCCACAUCACCGCAGCUUCGCCCGCAGCCCCGCUGCCCCCCGGCCCCGCUCGGAGCCUGCGCUUCGCGCGUGUCCCCGCAUGGCUCCCGGCCUGGUUGGCGGGACCGCGGCCCCACACCGCUUCCACACCGUGGCGGCUGGCGGUGAGGCCGGGGUCCCACGGCCGGGGCCCGCCCCGUGCCCCCCGCAUGCAGCAACGCCCGCGCUGCGCCCCAAUAAACGGCUGUACAGAGCGGUGUGCCCGUGCCUGGGGGGCGGCGGGGAGCUGAGGGAGCGGCUGGGGGCGGGAGCCGUGAGGCAGCGCCGUGACGGGCCCUGCGUGCCGCCCGAUGGAACCGCUCAGCCCCGCGGAGCGCUCCCCGGCGCCGUUCUCCUCCCGGCUCCGCUCCGCUCCCCACGCCCCCGCAG